AAGUCGUACGACGACAAAAGAGAAGAAGGGGAAUCGAAGUAUCGUUAGGCGGGACACAUGACUUAAUCAGACCAGUUCAGUUUCAACGUCUUGAGCGAGAAGGGACUGCCGGUUUUAUUGUUAGGAGUAACAUGGAUUCACCUUGGUUAAAAUAUCAAUUUACAAAAGAAUCAUCGAUUAUAUCGGCGUACAAUAGCAAUAAUCCAUUUCCAAGAAGACCAUGGCUUCAAAACGGUCCGGUUGCGGCUGCUGUUGCUGGUACUAACAUCGGUUUCAAAGGAAUCGUAGCUGGUGGUAUUACUGGUGGUAUAGAAAUUUGUAUCACAUAUCCAACUGAAUAUGUAAAAACACAGCUACAAUUGGAUGGUAAAAGUGGAGCUGGUAAAGAAUACACAGGAAUAUGGGAUUGUAUAACAAAAACUGUAAAGACCCGUGGAUUCUUUGGACUAUACAGAGGUCUAUCUGUUCUCCUUUAUGGGUCUAUUCCAAAAUCAGCAGUACGUUUUGGUGCUUUCGAGUCAAUAAAGAAAAGAUUGGUCGACGAUGACAGAAAUCUGAAUGCUCAAAGAAAACUUUUGUCAGGACUUUGCGCUGGUGUAUGUGAAGCUGUUUUUGUAGUAACUCCUAUGGAAACUGUCAAAGUAAAAUUCAUUAAUGAUCAAAGAUCUCCAAAUCCCAAGUUUAAAGGAUUUUUUCAUGGUGUAAGAUUGAUAGUUAAAGAAUAUGGAUUUAAGGGGGUAUACCAAGGUGUUAUGCCUACUAUUUUGAAACAAGGUUCUAAUCAAGCAAUUCGAUUUUUUGUAAUGGAAACAUUAAAAGACUGGUAUAGAGGUGGUGACAAUACUAAAAAUGUUCCUAAAGUUGUUGUUGGUGCAUUUGGUGUCUGUGCUGGAGCAGCUUCAGUUUUUGGAAACACUCCUAUUGAUGUUGUAAAAACUAGAAUGCAAGGUUUGGAGGCAUCGAAAUAUAAAAGUAAUAUAGAUUGCGUUAUUCAAGUUUGGAAAAAAGAAGGUCCAUUUGCUUUCUAUAAAGGCACUAUUCCAAGAUUAAGCAGAGUAUGUUUGGAUGUUGCUAUAACAUUUAUGAUUUAUGAUUCAUUUAUGGAUCUGUUUAACAGUGUUUGGCCAUGAGAAAAUUUGCAUUUAUAGAAUUUUUAUUUCUUUAUAUUAUCGUGAGUGAUAUAUCAUGUAAAUCUUAUGAGCAUGUUUGCGUAAUGUGUUCGUACAGUAAUGAUUGAAUUUUCUUUUUUAUAGUAAAUUAAUUAUUGUUUAGAGAUAUAGUUUAUUAAAUUCGUAAACUUUUUUGUUUUACGCAUUGAUAAUUCGAUAUAUUUUAGUAAAAAAUAGAAUAUCUACUACAUUUACUGCACAAAAUACAUUUAUAUAUUUAUAUAUAUAUUAUAUAUAUAUAUAUAUAUAAACCAGACAUAUAUUAUAGCACAAAGUUAUAUUAAUUUAAAGAAGAUAUAUAUUUUACAUUCAAUACGCGCAUUGUAUUUGAAAUAUAUUAGAGAAAAUAUUAUACAAUGAUAGUUUAAAUAAUUCAUAAACAUUCCAUGAUAUUAAUACACAUGUACUUAUGUGCGUAUGAUUAUAUUGUAAAAAUAUCUGUGCCAGAAAAAAAUGAUAUGUAUGUUUAAAUAGAGAAUUUAUAUGCAUAUAUAAUUAAUUUUAUAAGUAUAUGCACAGUUUUAUACUUAGAGAAAAUGUUUCAAGAUGUAUUAAAUAAUGUAUAUAUAAUUGAAAGUUAGUUUUACAGAAAACGUAAACUUCAACGAAAUAAAAGAGAUUAAAACUUUGCAUAAAUGACGCAAAUGUAUUUAA